CAUAAAUUUUCAGAAUAUGAACAAACAUAAGACUUGAUCGGCCGUUACCUUACAUGCAUGAAAACCAGCUAGCUGAUCAUCAUCAAGAAAUAAUUAGAUUUCUUACAUUUAAUGGAAUCUUUCAAACGAUCAUUCAAAUCUCCACGUUCACACAAACACACACGUAAGACCUCAGCCGGUUCUGUCGACAACCCUCACCAACCAAUCCUCCCCGAUCAUCACGACGCCACCACGUCUCACUCGGUCAAUCAUUGUGAAGUCAUCGUAGACGUUGACGGAGAAAACAGGUUUCAACGUGACAUGAAUUACGAUACUGCUAAAAAAGACGGACAGAUGAGAUCAGGCAAAAGUAGAGGUAUGGCCGAGGAUCCACCUUCAAGGCUGAUAGGAGAGUUUUUAGAUAAACAAAAACAUUCGGGUGUGGAAAUGACGUUGGAUAUGGAUUUGGAUAUGGAUGAGCUUCGUCAUUCUUCCGUUCCAAACAAUAAUAAUGUUAUCAUUAAUAAAAACAAUAAUAUUAAUAAUGAAAGUGUGAUGAAUCCUAAUAAUAACAAUAAUGUCGGUAGGGUGUUGAAUUCUAGAGAUUUAAAAGUUUCAUUUCAACAGCCUAGAGCAAAUGAAUCGUCAUCAAAACAACGUAAAGAUUUAUCGUCGUCAUCAGAUGAUGACGAUGAUGAUGAAGAUUUAGAUGAGGUUCGGGUUUUAGAACAACAACAACAUAAUUCGAGAAGGAAAUCAAGCAAUUUGAGUAAUAUAAGCCGUGUGGCGGAUGAUAAAGGAGGAGGUGAGGUUUUGAAAUGUACGUCGUUUCAAAGGAGAGCGACUAUAAUGAGAACCAAAACACACCAAUCAAGAUUAAUAGAUCCACCGGAGGUUGAAGUUGAGGUUCCAGUGACGUCAGGUCCUGCAGUUGGUAAGUCAGGGCAAUAUAAAUCAGGAAUGUUAGGAAGACCUUCAGGAAUACUCGCACGAGGUGAGAUUGAAGAAGAGGAUGAUUCCUUGUUUGAGGAAGAUAAUCCGGAUGAUUUCAAAAGGGCUAAACUUGAUGCGUUGACGCUUGUUCAAUGGAUUAGUCUUAUUUUGAUAUUGAGCGCGUUGAUUUGCACACUUUUGAUUAAAAAUUGGAAACGGAAAGUAGUAAGGGGACUUCAUAUAUGGGAAUGGGAGGUUUUAGUGCUUGUUUUGAUAUGCGGUCGUUUGGUUUCUGGUUGGGGUAUUAGGUUUAUAGUUUUCUUUAUCGAGAGAAAUUUCCUAUUGCGCAAACGCGUUUUAUAUUUUGUGUAUGGGAUCAGGAAACCGGUUCAGAAUUGUAUUUGGUUAGGUUUGGUACUAAUUGCUUGGCAUUAUAUGUUUGAUGAGAAAGUUGAAGGUCACAACGGGUUCCUUAGGAUAAUGAACAAGUUGUUGGUGUGUAUGCUUGUGGCUACAUCAUUGUGGCUAGUCAAGACUCUAAUGGUUAAAGUACUUGCAUCGUCGUUUCAUGUCAAAAAGUUCUUUGAUCGGAUUCAAGAAGCUUUGUUCAACCAAUAUGUGAUUGAAGUGCUCUCAGGGCCACCUUUGGUUGAGAUCCAAAACAAUCAGAUAGAAGAGGAGAAAACAAUGGCAGAAGUCAAUAGACUUCAGAAAGCAGGUGCUAACAUGCCUCCGGGGCUUGGGGAGAGUGUGUUUCCAUCAAAGAGCGGUAGGGUGAUUGGGAGUGGAAGAUUACAAAAGACUGGUCCUAUUGCCAUCAAGAUUGAUGAGAAGGAACAGGGGAUAACAAUUGAUCAUUUGCAUAGACUCAACCCCAAGAAUGUGUCGGCUUGGAACAUGAAAAGAUUGAUGAGAAUUGUUCGUCUUGGGACAUUGAGCACAUUGGAUGAGCAGUUACAUCAUGACAUGAAUACACAAGAGGAUGAAUCAGUGAGACAGAUUAGAAGUGAAAUUGAAGCCAAAAGGGCAGCUCGCAAGAUUUUCAUGAAUGUGGCAAAGGCUGGCUCCAAGUACAUAUAUCUCAAUGAUUUGAUGCGAUUUUUAAGGGAAGAUCAGGCGGUGCAAACCAUGACUCUUUUGGUAGGAACACCUGGAGAUGAAAAAAUUAGCAAAUCAGCCUUGAAGACUUGGGUGGUUAACGCAUUCAGAGAACGGAAGGCACUUGCAUUGACAUUAAAUGAUACAAAAACUGCAGUCAACAAAUUGCGGCAAAUGGUGAAUGUGCUAGUUGCCGUCAUUAUUCUGGUAAUUUGCCUCCUCAUACUGAACAUAGCAACAAGCAAACUCCUAGUUUUAAUAAGCUCCCAGAUUGUGGUGGCGGCAUUUAUAUUUGGGAAUACCUGCAAGACUGUAUUUGAGGCCAUCAUCUUCUUGUUUGUCAUGCACCCUUUUGAUGUGGGCGACCGAUGUGAGAUUGAUGGCGUUCAGAUGAUUGUAGAAGAGAUGAAUAUUUUGACUACUGUGUUCCUGAAAUGGGACAAUGAGAAGGUUUAUUUUCCAAAUAGUACUCUUUCGACGAGAGCCAUCAGCAACCAUUACCGCAGUCCUGACAUGUGGGAUUCAAUUGAUUUCUUCAUCCAUAUCACUACUCCACCUGACACUGUAGCUGUCAUGAAACAAAGAAUAAUCAACUUCAUAGAGGGAAAGAAGGAUCACUACUACCCAAAUGAUAUAACGGUGGUGUCGUUGAACUUGAAUGAAAUAAACAAGAUCAAGUUGCAGAUAUGGUGGAGGCAUAAAAUAAACUUUCAAGAUAUGAGCGAAAGGUUGAUAAGAAAAGGUGCAGUCAUUGAUGAAAUGAUACGAAUCUUUAAAGAACAUGAUGUGGAUUACAGAUUGUACCCACUUGAUAUCAAUAUCCGAAGCAUGCCUACACCUAUUACCCCUUCUCGGAUUCCUCCAGCAUGGGAAACUUCUAAAUGAAUAUAUAUCGAAACGUGGGAUGGAUUGAACAACU